GCCCCGCCCGGCUCCAAGGCCGCUUCCUGCGCACUGCCCCGCCCUGCCCCGCUCCGGACGUGCGCGGCGCGGCCAUGGCGGCUGUGGACAUCCGAGAUAAUCUGUUGGGAAUUUCCUGGGUUGACAGCUCCUGGAUUCCAAUAUUAAACAAUGGGAGUGUGUUGGACUAUUUCUCAGAGCGAAGUAACCCUUUCUAUGACCGAACAUGUAACAAUGAAGUCGUCAAAAUGCAGCGGAUGACCCUGGACCAUUUGAACCAGAUGGUUGGAGUGGAGUACAUCCUCCUUCAUGCUCAAGAGCCCAUUCUCUUCAUUAUCCGAAAGCAGCAAAGGCAAUCUCCAACACAAGUUAUACCAUUGGCUGACUACUAUAUUAUUGCUGGAGUGAUUUAUCAAGCACCUGACUUAGGAUCUGUCAUCAACUCCAGAGUUCUCACUGCAGUGCAUGGAAUUCAGUCUGCUUUUGAAGAAGCUAUGUCCUACUGUCGCUAUCACCCAUCCAAGGGCUACUGGUGGCAUUUCAAAGAUCAAGAAGAACGAGAGAAAACUAAACCAAAAGCCAAGAAGAAGGAAGAACCAAGCUCUAUUUUUCAAAGGCAACGGGUAGAUGCUUUGCUUUUAGACCUAAGACAAAAGUUUCCACCCAGAUUUGUUCAGCAAAAGCCUGGAGAAAAACCUAUCCCAGUGGAUCAAAUCAAGAAGGAACCAGAACCAGUCCCUGAAGCUGUCAAGCCAGAGGAAAAAGAGACUGCAAAGAAUGCUCAGAGUGCUGGUGCUAAAGGACCACCUGAAAAACGAAUGAGACUCCAAUGAAGGGAGAAGCUAUUACACAUCUGGAUUAGUCAGUACCUGGAAAACAGAAGGUUCUUGCUCCCUUUUCUUUAUAUUUAAGCUCUUCCACUGAGACUGACAGUUCAGAGACUGAGAUUUCUGUAAAAAUCUCUCAUGCAAAUGUCAUGUGAGCUGCCCCAAAGGAGGUGUUUUCAGUCUUCAUCUUAUUUUGAAUGCUGGCUUCUGAGAAUGGUUUUUACAUGGACAUGUUCCACAGCCUCCUGAUGUCUUUACCAAUUCUUGCAUCAUUUGUGUCUAGAUUUCCUAUGUAAAAAGAAAAAAACCCCACGUUUAUAUAUAAAAAGGAAGUAGAAUUCUUGGCGAAUAAAACUCCUGGCUGCUGGAAUGCCUUUCUUAAAUGUAUACUUUGUUAGUAGCAAAUAUGUCAUAUGUGCUGCAGUUUUUUUUUUUUCUUUUUUUUUAUUUGGAAUAUAUUGUGUUCUAUUCUGAGUACAAAUUGCUGUGCCUCUAGUGUGCUUGGGAUAAAGAUAAAAGAUUUGAUAACUGAACCCUCAAUCCAUGUAGUUAAAUGUCAGAAUGGUCUCAGUUUCUAGGAUAUUCUUGGACACUGGUUUUACUUAAUAGUUAAGCUGAUAGUUUAUUACAGUAGUUAGUGUUUUGGGAGAGAGAUUUAUUACACAAAAUAGGCUAAAAUUUCUUGAUGUUGCACAUUCAGGAAAGCUGUUUAUAUUUCUGAUUUUUCACUGUAACUCAAAUGUAUCAAUCAAAUCUCUUCCUCUGUGCUCCUGGCACUUCCUUGCUCCUGCAUUAGACAUGUGUUUUAGACUUGUGGAAGUGGGAUAGUGGAAGAGAAACAUCACUGACACCUAUAUGCUUAUUUAAGCAUAUUGCUUACAUAAAUAUUUUUUUUCUUUGAAAAAUUAGAAAUGAUCUGUUGAAAAGAAAUUGCUAUUAGUUUGGCUUUGGUCUUUCAUCGAAGUAAUGGAGUAAACAGUGAAAUAGUUUGCUUUCUUUCCACAACUGUUACUUGCUUUCAUGCAGCAAACUGUAGUUAGCAAAAAAAAGUUUGUACACAACAACCAAAAUGUAGAUAGGCAGAAAGAUUAAAGUAUACUUAGAUAGCUGUGUCAAAUUUAUCUUCAGGUUGCAAGACACUCUUUUUCAGUAACUUAGCUCUCCUGUCAGAGCUGUUUAUUACUGAAUGAUAGAAAGACCUGUCAGGACUAUUUAUUACUGAAUGAUAGAAAGAUCCAUGUCAUUUUUAUCAUAUAAUCCAAAGCUGUAAUGUCAAAAGAUAUAGAUAUGCCAAUAGCUGUUCUCAGUUAAUGCAGAUACAGAUCUGAAAUUCAUAUAUUCGUAUACGUAAGUGUGUAUUAGGUUUAUUUCAUAUCUGGAUCAGGUUUGAACAGCCAUAUCUCAAGACGUUGUUAGAAGUAGAUAAUAAACCAGUGUGAACUAUCAGAUCAAGUGAAAACAUAAAAAGCAGUUAUUCUGUACAUACACCUGUAUGUAAUUUGGAAAAAGUUACCAAGGACACACUUAAUGAAGAUCUAGGAUGUUGGGCUUUGGUUGUGUGGGUUUUUUUUGGUGGAGUUUUUUGGUUUGGUUUGGUUUUUUUAAUGGAGAAAAAUUAUCUACCCAAGCACCAAGGAAAUGCUUAACACUAGUAGCAGAAAGAAAACUUGCUUACUGUUGAAGGCACAUACAGCUGUGGCAAAAAAUGAUGCUAGAAUAUGGUAUGAGCAAAAUAUUCUGUCAGUCACUGGACUUCACCUGAAAUAAAAUGUUGUACAAUUCAA